AUGAUUUCACAGCUUGACCAGGAACACCUCAGAAAAAUGCAGGGUGAAAUGUAUCGGUGUGGUGCCAAGUGUUGUGACCAACAAAAUUUAAGCAUGGAUGAAGUUCAUCGAUGCAUUGAUCGAUGUUCAGAACCUGUGAAUCGAGCACAAGCUCUUAUACAAAAUGAAAUCCAAAUGUUUCAGGACCGUUUACAGCGCUGUGCUUUAGCUUGCCAAGACCAAGUACGAGACAAGAUGUCUCCUGGUGCCACAGAAGCAGAUAUAUCACGCUACAGGCACGAACUAGAAUCCUGCAUUCUCCGGAACGUUUUACGCUGUUGUGAAAUGUCUUUCACCGGGGUAGCUUUUAAGAAUACCGAAACUUUUUUUUUGCGCUGCUGGCGAUUUCACGCGUGGAAGCCUAAAACUUUUCUGCAGCCAGCUUUGCCUGCUUCAUAUCUGAUGUCCUCCGACAGCCGACUCCCGUCACGCGUGAUGGCCAUCCCCUUCUGA